GUGAACUAGUCUUUAUAUGUAGAGUAUUCCAGUGGGGAUACAGUAAACAUACCAAUCGAGAUCAUUUGUUCAUUUUCAUUAUUUCGGUUUCAGCCACAGGACGAGCAGGAUCUCGCCGCACUCAUCAUUUCACUCACCACCUCCACCGGAUAAUAAUCCACCCAUUCUCAUUCUCUUUUGCUAUGCUUAGGUGACGCACCUCGCCUCGCCUGCUAGCCGCCCCCGCAGCAAAUGGACAACUACGUGCAGAUCAAAGACAUGCGGCCAGGGCUGAAGAACGUGAACGCGCUCUUCAUCGUGCUGGAAGUGGGCCAUCCGACGCUGACGAAGGAAAACCGUGAGGUGCGCACAUUCAAAGUCGCCGACCAGAGCGCCUGCAUCAACGCCAGCGUCUGGGAUGAACCGGGCGUCCUGCUGCAACCAGGUGACAUCGUGCGCCUCACCAAAGGCUACCUCAACAUGUGGCGCAACUGCCUCACACUCUACACGGCAAAAGGUGGUGAGUUGCAGAAAGUGGGCGAGUUCUGCAUGGUUUUCAACGAGCAUCUCAACAUGAGCGAGCCGAACAACACGCCAAACAUGCCGAUGACAUCCAUUGGACCACCAAACAACGUUCCAUUGAAUAAUGGGACGAAUAAUGGUGCGGGGAGGGUUGGUCCACCUGUUCCACAACCAGCGCCAGGAUUACAAGUCAAUCAAGGACAGCAGCCGGCAAUAGUGCAUAACAAUUCGACUGGAAGUGUUGGUGGUGCUGGUGGGAAACCAGCUAUGCAGCAACAAGGACCUGCAGGUGGACAGGGUACGACUGGGGCGCAAAGUAGGUUGAGUGGUAAUGGACCGCCAUCUUCAACGGGUCCAACGUCGCAAAGCGGGUCGAAUAAUGAUAAUCAGAAGUCACGGAAUCGGUCGCGAGGCGGACAGCAUCGAAAUCGUCAUAAUAGGACUUAGAGUGUAUACAAUGUAAGCGUGAGUGAGUUUUAUUUACUCGAAGGAUGUAAGAUGGAUAGUUGUAAGGAAAUACAUUUUUAUUAUUUUA